AUGACCACCAUUGCACAGAACGCAGCGCAUCGCAUUGGAAAAUGGACUGACUCCAGGUUCAAUCUGCCUGGGCGACCAAAUAAACCGGCGCCCAGCCCGGCGCCGGCUCCGGCUCAGCCAGCCGCUGGCAUGCAACCGCCGCAGCACGAUAUACCCACACAAGGCGCUGCAGCCGACUACUACGCAGAUUCGCAGCAAGCGUGGCAUCAAUACCCUCCGCCCUCCCAGCCACCUCCGGGUGGUUGCCCACAGUCCACACCUAGGACUCUGGAGCUGAAGCCACAAGGGCACAGUAUGGUCUGCAUGAGCGACAACGGACCGCUUCUCACCAUAACUUUCACUUCCGAUUCCAUCGGCGAUAACAAGGCUCCCCAUCUCAUCGCACUGCGAGGGAAUGCUGCCGGACAGCAGGUUGCGUCGGCCAAGUUCCACCGCUGGACCUCCAACAAGACCGACCUGGAGAUGAACGGUCAGACGACGAAAGUAAGAAAAGAGAUGAAGAGCGCGACGGGGAUGGGCAAGAUCAAGUGGGAGCGAGACGGGCGGAAAGGCAUGAAGAUGAAGGCGGACAAAGAGGUCAUUGCAAAGUUCGGUGCCGUCGGCAGCGGGAAGCGAAACCGGGGCUCUGGCGAGUUCGAGAUCCUCAAAGACUGGGUGACGACGCCCCAGCUGGAAGAGAUUGUAGUGUCCUGCCUGGUCGAAAGAGAACGAAUGAGACGGGACGGCGAGCUGCUGGAAGAAGGAGUCUGGGAGAUCUUCUUGAAUAGCCUCGGCUUGCCGAUGCCUUCAUGCUGA